AUGGCGCUCACUCGUUUAGCGGCCCUGGUCCUGCUUGGUAUGAUGUGGGCACAGGUAUGCUUUGUUCCGUACACGAAAGUGGAAGAGAGCUUCUCGUUGCAAGCCGUGCACGAUAUUCUCACGCAUGGUGUGAUGAGACGUGAUCAAUAUGAUCACUUGUCGUUCCCAGGUGCCGUGCCACGCUCAUUCAUCGGUGCCCUACUUCUAAGUGUGGCGUCUCUACCUGCAGCGCUCUGCGCAACCUCGGCAGGUGUGCAGCUGGGUGUCCGGCUCGUACUGGGAACAUGCGCAUGGGCCGCCAUGGUUCACAUGGCCUGCCUCCUCUGUCCGAAGGCGUCGCGCGUCCGUGCAUUGUUCUAUGUGUUGUGUGCCAUCCAGUAUCAUUUGACAUUCUGGACAAGUCGCACAACGCCAAAUGGCCUGGCCUUCCCUCUAGCCACCGUAGCCUUGACGCAUGUCGUGCAUGGGCGGCACGCUUACAAGGGCCUCGCCCUCCUGGCAGCCACAGCCAUGAUGUUGCGCCUCGAGUUGGUGUGCCUUGCUGUGCCUGCGUAUCUAUGGACGUGGUGGCACCACCAGCGUCGGUUUGUCUACGUGUUUAUGACAGGUGCCGUGACCUGUGCAGGCAGUAUUGCCUUGAGCGUGCUGGUCGAUUCCUACUUUUGGCGGAAGCGUUUCCUAUGGCCAGAGGGACAUGCCGUCAUAUUCAAUGUCAUCGAAGGUCGCAGCGCAGAGUGGGGUGUAUCGCCGCCAUGGACGUAUGUCGUUCGCGACUUGCCGCGCAUUCUAUUUGCGGCUUUCCCUCUCGCGCUUCUUGGAUGCACACGCCGUUCAUCCUUUCGUUCGCCACUCGUGCUUCUCAUUUGCACGCAUGUCGGACUCAUGAGCUUCCUGGCGCAUAAAGAGUGGCGCUUUCUCGUGUACAUUGUGCCGCUAUGCAACAUGCUAGCAGCACAAGGGGCCUCUAUGCUGAUCCGCACCUAUCUUGGUCGUUGGUUAAUGCUUGGACUCGUGGGCACAAGCGCGGCCCUAUGGAUCCUCGGCACACAUGUGAGUAUCUACAAUUAUCCGGGCGGCGAGGCGCUGCGUAUCCUGCAUACUCAGAUGCAAGAGGCACAAGUUGUGCACAUUGAUACCCUAGCAGCCAUGACAGGCGUUAGCUUGUUUCAAAGCAUUCACCUGGCACGGCCCGCGCAUUCUCUCGUACCAAGUCAGGCACCCGUCUGGGUAUAUGACAAGCGCGAGCACGUUUUAGAUGAUUGUACAUGGACUUUAGCCAUAUCAGAGCGUGCAUGCCAUGCUCCGUACGCUCCCGUGGGCGAGCCGAUCAGCGGAUACGAUGGACUACGCCUCCGACGCACGUACGUACAGGACCUUUUACAUGCUGCACGCGGGGGGACAUGGCCAACAAUCUCAGAACUCUUUCCUUUGGAAAUUCGAUUCACACCUCGGCUGUGGAUAUGCAGGCGCACCGAGCCAUGCUAA